UUCGUUUGUAUGGAUCCACCUCAGUCAGUUGUUCACCAGGUGUUAGUUUUCGGUCGCUGAUGCUGUUCAUUUUCUUACUGUUGGUAGUACCUGUUCUAGGCUUGAAAAACACCAAUGUGACUCGUACGAUACGCUUUAAAGGAAACAUCGUGAAGAUACACCAUGAUAUUCUACUGAGUGAAACACCUGCUAAGUAUCAAAUUGUCAUUGAAGAAAGGGAAUGGAAACAUCUUGCCUUCAUCGGUGCAUCGUGUGGAGACCUAAAGUCAUCACGAAAAGUCCCUGUAAAGCCAACAACCGGGAUGCCUCAUACCUACACUUUAGAUCUUGGAAAACCGUCGACCGAACAAAUUCAUUUGUUUGUGGACUUUGUAUUAACCGAAUUGUUAGAACCAAGACCUGCUGAGAUUUAUCAAGCUGAUAAGCAGUCCGUCAAGUUUAAUGGCAAUGCUUACUUUUAUUCCCCGUAUCUGACUGACAGUCAGCUAACGCACAUUCACUUGCCAAAGGGUCAACUUCUAUCUCACACUGCUACGUCAAUCCCGCCCGUCAUAAAUGGAAAUAACUUAGUCUAUGGUACUUACGAAAACCGUCCAGCCUUCUCAUUGGAACCACUUGUCCUACAUUUCGAGUAUUACGUUCCAUUCCUAACGGUCACUGAUAUGACUCGUCUCAUCGAAGUAUCGCAUUGGGGAAAUAUUGCUGUUGAAGAGACGCUUGAAAUCGUGAACACGGGUGCGAAGUUACGUGGUUCGUUUUCUCGUUUAGAUUUCGAUUAUGGAGUCGGACAACCGGCAGCAGUCAACUCUCUCAAGACGGUUCUACCGCCGUCUGCAAAAGACAUUUACUAUCGUGAUGAGAUUGGCAAUAUAAGCACAAGCACAGUCAAAAACUCGCUAGAUUCCAUUGAAGUGACUCUCGUUCCGCGCUUCCCGUUGAUGGGUGGAUGGAAAACGCGCUACACAAUAGGAUACAACAUCCCAGCCUAUGAGUUCCUCUAUCGCAGUGGUUCUAAGUUUGUUCUUGUAAUGCCAUUCAUUGACCAUGUUUACAAAAAUCAAUUCAUUCGCAACUUGACACUGAAAAUUGUUCUUCCGGAGACCUCUGACGAUAUUCAGUUCGAAACACCUUUCCCAGUUCAUGAACAGCAUUUCGAAAAUAUGAAAACAUAUUUAGACACAUCAGGCCGAACCACUAUUGUCUGCAAAGCUGCAAAUCUUGUCGAUGAGCACAUCCAAGAUUUCAAGGUGAAUUAUCGUUUCUUUCUGCCAAUGAUCCUCCGAGAACCUAUAAUGCUGGUUUUAGCGUUCUUAUGUAUAUUCGGUGCUGUAAUAAUUUAUGUCCGAUUGGACUUUUCCAUCUACAAGGUAAUUUUCUUGGAAAAUUUUUUGGCUCCCGUGUUGUGGUUAUCCAUUCAAUAAUUUAACAAGUACGCAAGUCUGAGACAUCUUGUGUUUUUCUCGGCUAGUCAUCUUAAGAUCAUAAACAAAGUAGUGCAUGUGUGUAGAUUGAGAAUAAAGCAAAUACAGAUAGCAAGUCUUCACAAGUACUUUUCAAGUCUCAACGACCUUGUCCUAAUGGAAUCCACUUGCUGAGUAUCUGAUAAGUAUUCAAAAUGUAGAACCGAGCCACCGGCAAACUGCUUAAUUUCUUUUGAGCAUUCCCGAUAGUAGCUAUUACCUUGACUCAGUGGUCACUCAACUGAGCUAUUUUGCCUACGCUCCCACUGAUAAAGUUAAAGAUGAAUUCUAUGGGUAGCUAUCUAACCUUCAAAAAGCUAGACACUCGUAGUCAUAAUGGCAGCUGAUUUUAAUAAUCAGUUUAACUAAACCGAAGGGCACUUGGGUGGAUCUUACGGUGUUGUAGCUCAGUCAACAGAUAAUGACGGCCGUCUGUUGCUCAGAUAACUGUCUAUUUCUAACAAAUAACUUCAAACAUAAGGAGAAAUAGCGUCUGGCGUGCCUAAGGGGGCAGGGGCUCGAUUAAAGACUCCCACCUGGACUGCAGCACAUAUUUAGACUCAAAUUAUGCUCUAGUUCGAGCAUGUAUUUGUCUACAUCUUGCUGGACGUAGAAAAUCCACACUUAGAAAGCCCCUUCGAGUUCAACUUAUGGUAAAAAGUCAGGAAUAUAUUUUAGAGACAACUGAAGGAGUUGAUCAACCAUAAGUGAUAUACACCUCAAGAUAGCUUGGAAUGAUAUCCAUAAAGUUUUGAAAGCAGCAGUGGUACCUACUGGUAACUUAAACGAAGGGUUAUGAAGAAUCUGGAUUUCAGCAGCAUCUAGCUGAUGUUCAGAAACUUAGCCUUUCUAACUCUGAACACAAUAAGGAGUGGAGGCGAAACACUUUAAUUCAACUGACCUUCAACCGCACUUCCGUUACCCACUAUCUCCAAGCAACGUGAGUGGCGAAUUGGUGUAAAUCGUCCAACUGUUAUUGAGUUUGAAAAGGCCAUACGUAAUCCAAAGCAUCAGGGCUUAGUAGACUAAUUUCUGAGAUUUUUAAGGUUGAUAGUCCAGUUUUUAGCAACCGGAUUAACUGGAAUCUUAGCUAAGACUUGGGAACUAGACGCAAUCUCAUCCGAUUUGUGUCAAUCACUGGUUUUCCCAGUCUAUAAUAAAGAACAAAGAUCCUCUUGUGACAAUCAUAUAGGAAUCAGUUUAACUAAAAGUAUUGCUCUCAAUAAUACUGAUGUCUGAUUUGAGCUCGUAAAUAGUAAACCCUAGAUGACCAGACUCAUAACACAUCGUAUACAUGGUGAUUCACUUGUUGACUUUGAGUGUGCAAAUGAUUUACUUCUGUUUAGUAAAGACGCUGGCAAAAUGCAGUCUUUCGACCAGCAAUUCAAGCAUGUUUGGGAUGCGGUUCUCUCCCUCUAAAUGUAAAAUGUUACUUCAGGAUUGACUUGGGUCAUCACCUGGAUUGAUGACAAAGAGUGAAGAGUUUGACCGUGUCGACUACUUCACUCAUCUCGGUAGUCUCAUCAGUAUUGAUGGUCUGGUGAUUAACGAGAUUUUAGCAUAGAUUCAGAAAGCUCGAUUGGCUUUUACAAGAUAUCCGUCUUAUAACUAGAGAGAGCGAGUUCGCUUCGUCCUAUUUCAUAGAUCUGAGACAUGGCCACUGGGGAUAGAGGAUAUUCGUAGGUUACUGAUAUUCGAUCAUAGGUAUCUACGAUGCAUUGCUCUUGUGUUUUGGGACCACGGAGUAGGCAAUGCCUGGAUUAGGAAUAGGGUACUAGAUAAGGAUAGGGAAUCUACUAAAGAGGUAGUAAGUCUACAUCAAUUUUAUUAAACGUUUUCGCAUCCUAUGCAGAGUGCCCUUAUAUAGCCGUUAUUACUGUAGCUGACCAAAUUUCGACAAAAUCCCAACAAGAUAAGUCAACCAAUAAAGUUUAGACUUACUGAUCAACAAUACACUUUGUAUAGGUCCAAUACCACUAAAUUUAUGAAUUGUUCUCUGACUAGUCUUCCCUUUUACUUGUAUUUUGUCUCUUGUCUUUAUUUAGACUGUGAUUGCCAGUAUUUUCCAUUGUUUUUGGUAGCCACUUAAAGCCAUGGUCUAUUGAUAAGACAAUUCAUAGUUGUACACACUAUUCAUCGCCUUUUUUAUAAUUCUCAACUAGUAGCUGAACCUGAAUUUGGCUACCUUAUUAAUAUAUGUACCGUUGUCGCUUUCGCAGAUAUUUUUGCGAAUUAUGAGUAAAACCAAUAAACGCUUGUUCUGUUUUCUAUAUCUAAAAGGCAUAUAGAAAUCCAUUUGUCCUUAUGAGUCUAAAAUGCACUUUAAACAUGUCUAAGAUAUUUUAAUGGGUUGGUAAGUCCAUCAAACUUCUCAAAUCUGUAAGUUAGGAACUGAUUAGCUGAUAUUCACACUUCUCAAGGUGCGCUAUUUAAUUUGUUGGAACUUACUGUUUACGGAUGUUUUUUCUCACUGCACAAAUUCCCAGCUGACCAUGUGAUUCUUGAAAUUUCAACAUGUAUAGAAAUCUAAUGUUUCUGAUUGAGUAUUUACUUAACUGCCUUGAAUGCAAUUUUAGUCUAAUGAAACCUUUUCUCUUUUACCGAAGGAUGAAAAAAAUGAACUUCGCCUUCGGACACAAAGUCUAGUAGAUGAAGCUCAAGCCUUGCUAAAAUGUCGUUCUUCUUUGUAUCAAUCUUAUGAAGAUGCCGUGACAAAAUAUAAAGGAUCUAAAGAUAGCGCUCAAUUCACGACUGCUCGUCGUAAAUUAGAAGCGGAAUAUAAAAGUCUGAAUCAACAGCUGAUGUCAGUUCAGAAUAAAAUAGGAGAUUUAUAUCCGGACGGAGUAGAUAAAGUAGGCUUCUUAGUAUAAAUUUUUGUUUUCAGUUAAUAUUCUUACCUUAAAGUUUAACACUUAACUUACUCAAACUUCAAAUGUGUGAAGGACUAUGACUGGAUUUUCACUUUGUUUGGUCAUUUAUUCGAUACAUGGUCACCUUAGUCCAUGCACUACGUAAUCAAGCCAACAAACGUCAAGAUUUGACAUGUACAUAAUCUUAGGCGUUAUUCACUGCAUAUGAUACUUAUUUAGACAAAUGUUGGUACAAAAGGAAACCCGAAAUAUAUAUGGGCAAAACAAAAAUAAGAUUAUGAAGAGAUGGAGAAAGAUGUGUACAAAAGCCGCAAUAUAUGUAAUUCAGUGAGAUUGAAAAAUGCAAUCAAAAAGAAUCCUUUCAGUCAAAGAAGUUACUCAUAUGAAGAGAGUAAGAGGAAAUUACAGUAGGAUCAUCUCUGGCUCCUAUUCUUAAUCAUGUCUAAUAACAUCUAAAGCCACUGUGUUACUCUGUCUUCAGGAUCCCGGCCAGGAAGUCAUGAGGGACCGACAAAUGCCGAUCGUGUACAGCUUUUUUCCAUACCACGACACAAUAUCAUACACUGACCACUUCCACUGUUUCCAACUAGUGUCAUCCUCGAACUUAUCACGCCAAAUAGAGUUAGGAAUGCUUAUUAUCUGUUCCACAUCCGUAAAGUACUAAGUAGUUCCAUUUUGUUUCUACUUAGUGACUGUUUAAGGAGUAGAGCGUUUAGACUUAUCCGUACAUUCUAUGCGUCAAGUUCAUUCCUUCUACAAAAAGUAUUCACCCAUGUUUAAUUUUCCUCAUUUUCACUAAUACUCAUUAUUUAAACUUGUUAAUUUCACGUUUUAAUAAUGUGAUAUAGCAUCUUCAGCUAACGGACUUGUUUACGUCUUUGUUAACGAUGAUAUUUCCCAAUGCUGCAAUGUGCUAUUUUUUUGUCAACAAAUUAAUAAUUAUUCACCAAAAGUUAAAUCAAUCGUUAUAUUAUUGAGUUACUUCUUAUAUCUGGAUUUCAAGUUAGAAAUUAAAACUGUCAUAUUUAUUUUUCUAGUUGAACGACAUCAACCAUUUGGAUCAACAAUAUCGUGAUCUAGUUCAAGAAGGUAUCCAACUGGCAGAAAAACUCCUUACUGGCAAGUUGACAAAACCACAAUAUCAGUCCUCAAAUGACGAUUUAUGUUCUAAGAAAGCUGAUAUAAUCUACAGAAUAGACUCAAUAUUGGAAUGCCUCUAGCAGUAACGAAUAGGAUUCAUGUGUAUAAUUUUUUGUGUUGACUUUAUUUUUAGUCCUUAUCUUUCUGUGCGAUUGUGUUUUGUUAAUUUUUUCUACUAUUAAUGUUUUUCUUUAAAUACAAGACAUUGGAUAAGUUGUUU